AUGCAGGAGAACUAUGAGACUGUGACCUCGCUGGGGUUUCCAGUUUCUAAACCUGAUGUGAUCUCCCAGCUGGAAGACGGGGACGACCCCUGGGUCCCAGACCUCCAGGGCUCAGAGGAACAAGAGAUCCUGAGAGGUGCCCUCACAGGUGGUGGGCUGGUGAGUGAGAAUGAGGAGCAGACUCCUCAGCAGAAGGCUGCUGAGCAUGUGGAACGGCACGGGGUACUGUUGCGAAGAUCCAAACGGAAGGUGUCCAGAAGUCAUGAGCAGCAAAAAAGUGGUGAGAGUCAGCACAGGCCAGAGAGGCAGCAGGGAAACCAGCCAGAAGAGAAAGUGGGUAAAUCCAUUAAUAGUCAGGGAACUCACAAGGACCUCAAGGGAACCACAGGCCAGCACAGAAUCCUCACAGGAGAGAGAAAAAAAUCCUGCACGGAGUGUGGGAAAAACUUCCGUAGACGUGCAGACCUUAUUAAUCAUGAGAGAAUCCACACAGGAGAGAGACCCUAUGAAUGUAGUCAGUGUGGGAAAACCUUCACUCAGAGUUCAGCCCUUACUAGGCAUCAGAGAAUCCAUACAGGGGACAGACCCUAUGAAUGCUGCGAAUGUGGGAAAAACUUCUCUGACCGAUCAACCCUUAUUCAGCAUCAGAGAAUCCACACAGGGGAGAGACCCUAUAAAUGCAGCGAAUGUGGGAAAAGCUUCACUGACAGCUCAGCCCUGAUUCAACAUCAGAGAAUCCACACGGGGGAGAGACCCUAUAAAUGCUGUGAGUGUGGGAAAAACUUCACUCAGCGCUCAACCCUUAUUACACACCAGAGAAUCCACACAGGAGAGAGACCCUAUGAAUGCCAUGAGUGUGGGAAAAGCUUCACUGCCAGCUCAACCCUUGUUACACAUCAAAGAAUCCAUACUGGGGAGAGACCCUAUGAAUGUUGUGAGUGUGGGAAAAGCUUCACUCAGCGCUCAACCCUUAUUACACACCAGAGAAUUCACAUAGGCGAGAGACCCUACAUAUGCUAUGAGUGUGGGAAAAGUUUCACUGACACCUCAACCCUUAUUACACAUCAAAGAAUCCACAGCGGAGAGAGACCGUAUGAAUGCAGUGAGUGCGGGAAAAGCUUCACUCAGAGCUCAGCCCUUAUUACGCAUCAGAGAAUCCACAGCGGAGAGAGACCCUAUGAAUGCAGUGAGUGCGGGAAAAGCUUCACUCGGAGCUCAGCCCUUCUUUAUCAUCAGAGAAUCCACAAGAGAUAG